CGGCGGCAGUCCCGCCCCCCUGACACUGCCUCGAGCCGCCGCCGCGAGAGCAUCCUCCGCCCAGAGCCGCUCCCGCCGCCAGAGCCGCCCCCGUCGCCGCCGCCGCCGCCUCCGCCGAGGGAAGGGAAGCGUAUCGUAUGUCCGCUAUCCAGAACCUCCAGCCCUUCGACCCCUUUGCGGAUGCAAGUAAGGGUGAUGACCUGCUCCCGGCCGGCACUGAGGACUACAUCCAUAUAAGGAUCCAGCAGCGAAACGGCAGGAAGACCCUCACCACAGUCCAGGGCAUCGCGGAUGACUACGAUAAAAAGAAACUGGUGAAGGCCUUCAAGAAGAAAUUUGCCUGCAAUGGUACUGUAAUUGAGCACCCCGAGUAUGGAGAAGUGAUUCAGUUGCAGGGUGACCAGCGCAAGAACAUCUGCCAGUUCCUUGUGGAGAUUGGACUGGCUAAAGACGACCAGCUGAAAGUCCAUGGGUUUUAAGUGCCUGUGGGCCACUGGAGCUUUAUGCAAGAAGAUAUCCUUACCAUGAAAUUCCCACCUGUCCCUUGUCAUAAGUUUAAAACCAGCCGGUUUGUGUAAUGUAACGAUCUUGGGUCCACUGUUGAGUCUGGACUGUUGUAAUUGGUGAUGUAAUAAACUGACACGAGCCCAUGCUA